GCAAUAUAUAAGCGAGUAUCAAUAGCAUAUAUGCACAUAAGACACAAUAUUCAGUUGAGUGUAUAGCAAUAUAUUUACCACAGCAACCAUGUUUGGUCUUCGAAUCGCUUCCGCCCUGCGUCUAUCCUCAGGCUGUGGAGGUGUAGCCUUCCGCACUCAGCGGUUGUUCAGUACUCCUGUGAAAGUGGACACCAAGUUGCUGUCCAAACUGAGAAAGGACACUGAGCUGUCAAUGUCAAAGUGCAAGGAGGCUCUAGUCACAGCGGCCAAUGACUACGACAAGGCGCUGGAGUGGCUGCAGGAACGCAUGCAGGCCGAUGGGGCAGCCAAGUCUGCUAAGCUCGAGGGACGUGUAGCGGCAGAGGGAGUGGUUGGUUUGGGCAUCAGUGCCGAUGGACUGACUGGCACUGUGGUGGAGGUCAACUGUGAAACGGACUUUGUGUCCAAAAACCAAGAAUUCAGGGAACUGGUGCAGACAGCCGCCACGCAAUACGCCAUGAACACCCAGGCACCGUUAGAGUCAUUAGAUAUGGGCGAUGGGCAGACAUUACAAACACGCAUAGACGCACUGGUGGGCAAACUAGGCGAGCGAAUCACAGCCAGGAGGGCAAGUGUUGUGACUGCACCGCAGGAUACAGGAGUGCUCGCAGGCUAUGUGCACGGCUCAAAGGAUCAGUGCGGCAAGAUCGUUACCAUGGUAACCCUCAACUCCGAACCAGGAAGUGCUGAGGUUGUGCGUCCCAUUGCCCGCCAGAUUGCUUCCCAUGUGGCUGGUAUGCGACCGCAGUCUGUGGCGGAGCUGUUGAGCCAAGACUAUCUGUUCAACCCAGACGUCACUGUGAGCCAAUUCCUGGUCAAUCUACAGACGGAGAAGAGUCUGCUGCAGCCCAUCACUGUGAACAGUAUUGAACGGUGAGUGC